AGUAAGGAUAUUGUUGACUUGGAUUGGUGGCGUGGAAAAGAAAAAGUCAGGAAGUACCUGGAAGAAGUAAAUGCGGAUGGAAUUAUCCUCGAAUAUACCUUGUUCCAGCCGGGUCUUUUCUUGGAUUACCUAGCCUUCCCGUACAAAACGGCCAAACAUGUCGACCCCCUCCAGUCCGUCUUCGACUUUCAGAACAGGCGCGCGACCGUCGUAGAUGGCCACGAAGACGCCGUCAUGACGCUGACCACCGUCGCCGAUCUUGCCGCGGUCGUGGCUGAAGCUGUCGAUUAUGAUGGCAGGUGGCCUACAAUAGGCGGGAUUCGAGGCAACAGGCUUACCUUCUCGGAGAUCCUCGAUAUCGGCAGGAGAGUGCGAGGACUUUCUUUUACGGUCGACAAGGUCAAAGCCGAAGACCUUCAAGCUGGGAAACUAGAGGCGUCGUGGGGCUUGGAAGCGGUUCACUCAACAGUCUCGGAGGAUCAGGCAUCGGCUAUUCUCAAGGCAGUGUCCAUCGGUAUCCUCCUGAGCAGCUCUAAGGGCGCAUGGGACUCCUCAGACGAGCUGAAUCAAAUGUUCCCAGAUUAUUACUUUACUCGAGCUGAGGACUUCCUCGCAAAGGCCUGGGAGGGAAAGCCGUAA